GUGAGGUCGUUCUGCCAGUAGAGAUGUUAGUAUAUAAGGCUGUCAAACUGGUCAAAUCAAGAUUCAGAGCUCGCACAAUGAUCCGAAAGAGUGUUACGGACAGUUUUGGGGCAGCCGUGUCCUGUCUGAGCACAUCCCAUCUGACAGAUGAAGUGAUCCGAAGGAGCAAGCGGAUGAUUCUGGACACACUGGGAGUGGGUUUGAUUGGAACCAGAACACCGGUCUUUAACACCGUGCUUCAGUGCAGCCAAAGGCAGCAAGCGCUGGAGAACAGCAAGGUCUGGGGAAGACCAGGAUCAUCUCUUCCACCUCAGUAUGCUGCUUUUGUUAAUGGUGUUGCGGUGCACUCUAUGGAUUUUGAUGACACCUGGCAUCCAGCCACUCACCCGUCAGGCGCAGUGUUGCCAGCUCUCCUGGCACUGGCUGAAACACUGCCUGUUAAACCCUCUGGCCUGGAGCUACUGCUGGCUUUCAAUGUGGGCAUAGAGAUUCAGGGGAGACUGCUGAGGUUUUCCAAAGAGGCACACAACAUUCCCAAAAGAUUUCACCCUCCUGCAGUUGUUGGUGUGAUGGGCAGCGCAGCAGCGACAGCUAAACUCCUGCGUCUGCCGGCAGCUCAGAGUAUCGCAGCUUUAGCAAUCGCCUGCUCAUCUGCAGGAGCCCCCAUGGCCAACGCUGCCACCCAAACCAAACCCCUCCACAUGGGCAAUGCUGCCCGGGGCGGUUUAGAGGCAUCUCAGCUCGCUCUUUUCGGCCUCGUGGGCAACACACACAUUCUGGAUCUUCCAUCUGGCUUCGGGUCCUUCUAUCCAGAUUACGUCCCUCACCCGCUAGCCGAGGUCACCCCUAAUUCUCACUACAGAUGGGUGCUAGAAGAGCAGGACAUCGCGCAAAAACGCUUCCCCGCUCACCUCGGCAUGCACUGGGUAGCAGAUGCAGCAAUAGAAGCGAGGGCCAAAUUUUUAGACAAACACCCCAAUGCAGACCUCAGUCAAAUCAAGAAGAUCACUCUCAGAGUUCCCUCGUCCAGAUAUGUGGACUGUCCACUUCCGGUCACCGAACACCAGGCCAGACACUCUUUCCAGUUCAACUGUUGCACUGCGUUGCUGGACGGCGAAGUCAACGUUCAGUCCUUCAGCAGAGCUCAGAUGAACAGAAGCGUCCUGAAAGAGCUGCUGCUGAAAGUAGAGCUGGAGAACCCGCAGGACAAUCACUCCAGCUUUCAAAAGAUGUAUUGUGAAAUCACUGUGUUGUCGACGCAAGGGGAAAUGUUUACUGCACGCUGCGACACUUUUUACGGUCACUGGAGGAAACCGCUGAGUCAGGAGGACCUGCUGAAGAAGUUCAGGCUCAACGCUUCGUCCGUGCUGCCCAAUGAGGUGCUGGAGGAAAUCAUUUAUGCUGUAGAUCAUCUGGACACUAAUCAAGACUGCUCCAAACUCUGGUCAUACAUGCACUUUAAUAAGCACAUGGUGCAGAGAGAUGAGCGCCGCUGCUUUGCGUUGGCUUGA